AUGGAGCUGGGAAAGGCAAAACUGCUGAGAACUGGCCUCAAUGCUUUAUCUCAGGCCAUCCACCCCUUGCAUGGAAUUGCUUGGACAGAUGGGAAGCAAGUGAUACUGACUGCUUUAUACUAUCAUAAUGGACAGCUAAAGUUUGGAGACUCAAGUGUUGUUGGUCAAUUUGAACAUGUUCAUGGGCUUUACUGGGGCCCAUGUUGCUCUACAGACACCCCAGCUCUGCUCGCUGUUCAGCAUAAAAAGCAUGUUAGCGUUUGGCAGCUGGGCUACAGCACUGCAGAGAAGAACAAACCCUUGAUUUCUCAGACUUGUGAAGUUGGUGAGCCAUUUCCACUGCUUUCCCAUGGCUGUGUCUGGCAUCCAAAGAAGGAGGUCUUGGCUGUGCUUACGAAAAGAGAUGCGUCAGUCUUGCAUGCUGUUCGUACUGACAACACUAGAGUUAAGGCGGAUAUCAAAAGCAGUGGGCUUAUCCACUGUGCUUGCUGGACUAAGGAUGGUAAUCGGUUAGUAGUUGCUAUAGGUAGUGCCCUGCAUUCCUACAUAUGGGAUGAUGCUCAGAAAACUCUAACUACCUGCUCCUUUUGCCCAGUCUUUGAUGUGGGAGCUUAUAUCUGUGCUAUAGAAGCCACACUGAAUUUCCAAAUUGCUGUAGCUACUGAGCUUCCUUUAGAUAGUAUCUGUGGUUUGAAUGCGGGCAUUGCAUUUGGCAUGCCAUCUGGUACAGAAACUGGUUGUUUAAUCUCACAGUCUCCUCUGGUGCUUGGUGAUGAGGAAUACUCCAUGGACCUGCGAAGAAAGUCCAUAGAUUCAGAUAGAUCAGGUGUUGAAUCAGUUGCUUCUUCUUCAUCAGGUCCCAUGGAUUUAACCCAUAUCCUUGCAAACCACCGUCGGUCUGAUCCUGGACCUCUUAUUGCUCUGAAACGCAAAGACUCUGCAGCAACAAAUGGUCAAGAUUCUUCUCACUUAAUCUUGGUGACUUUUGAGAGGAAGGUAACCACCACCAGAAAAGUCACCAUCCCAGGUAUUCUGGUUCCUGAUAUAAUGGCUUUUGAUCUUAGAGCUCAGAUUGUGGCAGUAGCCUCUAAUACUUCUAACGUUGUUUUGGUGUAUUCAGUAACCUCUUCUUGCAUGCCUCAUAUUCAACAAAUCCAGCUGGAAAAAAAUGAAAGACCAAAGGGUCUAUGUUUUUUGUCAGAUAAACUCCUAUUGAUUCUGAUUGGGAAGCAAAAGUUCCCUGAGCCCAAUCUCAUUCCAUCUUCAAGCUCAGACAGGUAUGUAAUCCGUCUGAUGGUCAAAGAGCUGAUGCUGGAAGAAGAUUCUUCAGCAUUGCCUGAGACUAAGCAGAAUAUGUUUUGUAACUUUGAAUCCUCGGUGAAUAUUCCUGGAAAAAGAAAGUUCUUUGAAAAUCUUGCCACAGAAGACCAACCUCAAAGCAGGGAGCUGUUAAUACCAAGAAGCAGAGUUAUUCAGUCUCCUACGGGCAGGAGAAGACUCGUCGAAGUAAAGAGCCCUAGUUAUGAGCAGAGCUCUUCAUCAAGUGUGAGUGACCUGGAUGAAAAAAGGUUCCCAGGUGACCCCUCGGUGGCCCUGGAAACAUUGGAUGCUGAACCUACCAAUCGUGCAGUGUCUUUUCUUGGUUUUGGAACACUUACCAGGCUUUCCAGCAGACCAGCUUCCCCAAAAGUGCAGUUCAAGGUGAACGAAGAAACAUCAAGUUCUCCCAAAACCAACAAUUUGCCAAGCGAAAGAGGAAUGAAUCACAUCUCUAGAAAUUUAGAGAGACUUUGUGGCAGCUUCAAUGAGUUACAACUGAGUCUUUCUGAAAUAACGAACUCUGCUAAAAACGGGAGGAGGACAUCUUUAGCCUAUCCAUGUUCACAGGAACCACCUGUCGUUCAUAUCACUUACCAGAAAAGUUUUUCAAAUGGAGCAGUUACUGAAGAAACAAAAGAUGUUCUCCUCUGUGAUGGCAAGAUCCAUCUGAAUUUGGUCCAGCAGCUGUUUGAUCUGCCUGUUAUUGAAAUGAAACACGGCUCUUCUUGGAUUGUGCUCACUGCAGACAAGGAUGGCUUUGUGCCAUUAAUAUUCAAAGCAAGACAAGAGAUAAUCAUAAGGGAUGGAAACUGA